AUGGGUGUGACGGGGCUAUGGAUGCUGCUUGCCGCGGGUGGCCGCGAGGUUUCGAUCGAGAGCUUGAGCGGGCAAACGCUGGCCGUGGACGCGAGCAUCUGGCUCACGCAGUUCGUCAAGGCCAUGCGCGAUCCGGAGGAUGGCAGCAUGCUGCGCAACGCGCACUUGCUUGGCACCUUCCAGCGAGUUGCGAAGCUCCUCUUCCAUGGCAUACGACCCGUCUUUGUCUUCGAUGGUGACACGCCCGCGAUCAAGCUGCGCACGUUGCAGCGUCGCCGCGCCCGGCGCGAGAAGAACCAGCUCUCGCUCACGCAAACGGCGCAAAAGUUGCUCCUGCGCCAGCUCGAGCGGCGAGCCAAGCAGGCUGUCGUUGAAGAAGAGACCAAGACGGAGCCCGACGUCAUCCAUAUCAACGACGACGAAGAAGGAGAAGAGGAAAAGAAGGCGGCCGAGAGCCCGCCGCCCAUGCCAAGUGAGGAAGAGAACGACGACGACGAUGCGAUUGCCGAAUGGCGAGAUCACCAGGAGCAUGUUGAAGCCUUCCAACGUGAGCGUCGUCAAGAAGCCCGCGAGCAGUUCUUGACGCUUGCGGGCAAGCCGGAAGAGUACUCACUCGCGCAGAUUCAGACGUUCCUCAAGUCGAGCCGCUUCAAGCGCGAGAUGAAGGAGCAGGCGGCGGCCGCGAACACCACCGAAGCCGGCCGCCGCAUCGCGAGCGAAGCCGACCGCCGGUACAUCCUCACGACUGCGAACGACGCUCGACCGGCGCCUCCGCCUGCCGCUGUCGCGACCGAUGCGCAGCUCCUCGACGCGUCGGACUCGACGGUUGGGCUCUUCUCCGAGUAUGUGCAGAAGCAGUCGCAGUCGCAGCCGAUCCAACGAGCGCCAAAGAUUUUGCACGUCGACGACGACGACGACGAGGUCCUCAUCGGUGCCCACGGCAAACCAGUCGUUCUAAAGACGGACCACCCGCAGUGGAUGCUGCCGAAGAAGAAGACGUCGCAGCGGCGCGGUGUCGUCUGGGAACACAAGCCGGACGGCAGUCUCGUGGCAUCGCUCGAUCCGACCAAGAUGCAGCUCACGGCCGAGGAAGCCAGCAUUUUGCCGCCCUCUCUGUUCGACAUUGACGUUGCACGCCCCCAGGCUCCAGUCAAGGACGAACACAUCGAGUGGGGCGACGAGGUCGAGGCCAAAGACGCGCUCGUGAGCGACUCGGACACGGAGUGGGAGGAUGUCGUGACGCAACCAAGCAACACCGCGCCCGUGGCCGCUCCUGCUGCGCCGAUCACCGUCGAUGGUGGCGACGACGACGACGUGGAAUGGCUGGAUGUCACACCAAGCGCAGUGCCGAGUGCUGAAAUUGCAACGGUCCACGCGACAGCACAGGCGGCCAGCGACGACCUUCCAGCGCUCCCAGUCCCAAACUCGGGUACCUCACACGCGGCAGUCGAUGUCGACGACGCUGCAUCACCGAGCACAGCUCUUGUCGCAAGCCACGACGCCAUCGUCAUUGACGACACUUCGGACGUCGAAGACAACUGGCAGGACGUACUGCCGCCCGAGGCCUUUGCUGCGCCACGUCCGACGCCGCUGGAUACGCUACGUCCUUCGACCAAGGUCGAGAAGCCUCUGGGAGUCGGGAGUCCGAAAGCCACCGCGUUUGUGGUACCUGACGCUGCGUUGGAACGAGCGACAUGGAACGCGGAGGCGACACCGCCAUCGUCGCCGGUGCUCCGACCGUCGGCGACCGUGCUCGACGCAGACGCCCUCGGCGCCUGGAACGACGAGGACAACCUUUUUGAGCGGCGCGUGUCCAAGGCUUUGUCUGCUGACGACGACGAUGACGUUGUCUCGCUUGGACUGGCCCGGAACGACGAUGCGCUGCAGGCAGUCAUGACGACGGCCUCCAACCUCACGCAAUGGGCUGCUGGCGCCAUCAAGCGGGCGAUCCGGGACCAUCAGCAAAAGCAUGGUGGCAAACCGCUUGAGGACGACGCGACACCUCGGUACCUCUCGCGGACGACGCCAACCGAGCCGCCCGCGCCCGUCGUUGUCGACUCGGGCCGGUUCCUUGUUGCAGACGAUGGCGGUGAGACGGACGCGCAGCUCAAGCGAUCGCGGAACCAGCAGAUGCGCGAUGUCGACGGCGUCACGGACGAGAUGCAGAACGACGUCAUGGAGCUGCUGCGGCUCUUUGGUGUUCCGUUCAUUGUGGCGCCGAUGGAGGCCGAGGCGCAGUGCGCCACGCUCGAAAAGCUCGGUCUUGUGACGGGCGUCAUCACGGACGACAGUGAUAUUUUCGCGUUUGGCGGCCAACGCGUCUACAAAAACAUGUUCAAAACCUCCAAGUUUGUCGAAGCCUUCUCGAUGACCGACAUUGAGCGCGAACUCGGGCUCGACCAAGAGAGCAUGAUCGCCCUCGCGCUGCUCCUCGGCAGUGACUACACGGACGGCAUCCAUGGCGUCGGUGUUGUCAACGCCACCGAGAUCGUCCACGCAUUUCCGGGUCUCGACGGCCUUCGCGAGUUCAAGGCAUGGGUGCACGACUUCGACCUUGCGGCGCAGCUAAAGCCACUACCCAAGCUAUCGGAAGCCGAGCUCAAGGCGCUUUCGCCUCUCGAGCGCUUCAAGCACACGCAUCACAAGGUCCGGCGCAACUGGCACAUUGCCGACGCCUUUCCCAACGCGCACGUCAUCAAGGCGUAUCAAGAGCCCGAGACGGACCGAUCGGACGCGCGCUUCUCCUGGUCGACACCGGAUCUUGCCAACUUGCGCAUCUUUUGCGGCCGCACGUUUGGGUGGCCGCUGGAGAAGGUGAACGCGACGCUACUGCCGAUCGUGCAGGCGGCGACGCGCGGCUGGUCGAAGACGCAAACACGCAUCGACAGCUACUUCACCUCGUACAAGGACGGCGUCAAGUAUGCCAAGAUUCGCAGCAAGCGACUCCAAGCCGUCGUCCAGGACAUCCACGAGACUCUGGAAAAGCAGGCGCCGACCAAACGCCGGAAGCGCAAGGUCGCCAACGCUGAAACCACCGACUAAUCCAGAAACGAAGCAUGUUUCACGCAGG